AUGGAUUUUUGCACCUUUUACAGCAAGGGAAGGCAGAAACGAGUGCAGUGUAUAUUUGAUUGUACUUCAGUGGACGGUACCCCCCCCCCAGACGGUUGCGAACCUUAUACUAAAUGAUACCCUUGCUAUUAUCCUCUUUUUAUCCUGGGGGUUUUUUUUUCUCACCUCUCUCCAGUACAAAAUGUCCGCAACUGACCACGCCGAUGAUUUGAUCGAUUACGAAGAAGAAGAUGAGCAGACCAUCCAGCAAGAAGUUGCUGCUUCCGCUGAUGUCAGCGGUACUACCGGACAAGAUGAUGAAGACAAAAAGGACAAGAAAGGUUCCUAUGUCGGUAUUCACUCUACUGGUUUCCGAGAUUUCUUGUUGAAGCCUGAGUUGCUCCGUUCCAUUGUUGACUGCGGUUUCGAACAUCCUUCAGAAGUCCAACAGGAAUGUAUUCCUCAGUCUAUCCUCGGUAUGGAUGUCCUCUGCCAGGCCAAAUCUGGUAUGGGUAAAACUGCCGUCUUUGUUCUUGCCACACUUCAGCAGAUUGAGCCUGUCAACGGUGAUGUCUCUGUCAUUGUCCUUUGCCACACUCGUGAACUCGCUUUCCAGAUCAAGAAUGAAUAUAACCGUUUCUCAAAGUACCUUCCUGAUGUCCGCACCGAAGUCUUCUACGGUGGUGUCAACAUUAAGAAGGAUAUGGAGACCCUCAAGGAUAAGGAGAAGUGCCCACAUAUUCUCGUUGGUACUCCCGGCCGUGUUUUGGCUCUCAUCCGCGACAAGGUUCUCAAGCUCGGAAGUGUCAAGCACUUUGUUCUUGAUGAAUGCGAUAAAAUGUUAGAGCAACUUGACAUGCGUCGUGAUGUCCAAGAUAUCUUUAGAGCUACCCCUCACCAUAAGCAAGUCAUGAUGUUCUCCGCCACACUUGCCAAGGAGAUGCGACCCGUUUGCAAGAAGUUCAUGCAGAAUCCAUUGGAAAUCUAUGUUGAUGACGAAGCUAAGCUUACCCUUCACGGUUUGCAACAAUUCUACGUUAAGCUUUCAGAACGCGAAAAGAACCGAAAGUUGAACGACCUUUUGGACACUCUUGAAUUCAACCAAGUCUGCAUUUUCGUCAAGAGCGUUGCUCGCGCUGUUGCUUUGGAUCGCAUCUUGACCGACUGUAACUUCCCCAGUAUCUGCAUUCACUCUCAAAUGAGCCAAGACGAACGUAUUGCACGCUAUAAGGCUUUCAAGGACUUUGAGAAGCGUAUCAUGGUCGCCACUGAUAUCUUUGGUCGUGGUAUUGAUAUCGAACGUGUCAAUAUCGUCAUCAACUAUGAUAUGCCCGAUGGUGCUGAUACCUAUCUUCAUCGUGUUGGUCGUGCUGGUCGUUUCGGUACCAAGGGUCUUGCUGUCACUUUUGUCUCUGACGAAAAGGACGGUACCACCCUUAACGAUGUUCAGAGCCGCUUCGAAAUCAACAUCACCGCAUUGCCUGAAGACUUGGAUAUGACCGCUUACAUGGCCUCGUAAAUAAGCAAACCCCUUCGGUUUUUUCUUUUCGCCUUCCUUUUUAUUCUGUUAUAUUUUCUUUCUCCUCGAUUUUUUUUUGUUAAAAUACUAAAAAAAAAAAAUACAAACCGAAAGCCAACAAGACAUGUUCCCAUGUCACAGGCUCCUCUUACGGUCAUUUUCUUCAUAGCAUAGUCAAUAAAGCUUUCAACAUCACGUCCCAACUAAAUGCCUUUGGCUACAUUUUUACAAGCUGUGUUUUAUUAUAGGUAACCUAUGCGGACUUACUCCACAACAGUUGGAUUAUGUGGUGAACUUAUUUGGCUCCCUUCUUG